ACUCCACUGAGCAUAAGGUCACAGUAAUAUAAUAGACAAAAUACCUGUAAAUAUAUAUGUAUAUAUAGACCUGUUUCUAUCAAACAAACCGGAAGUGCGGGUGCUUCGAAAGGCGUCACCAUGGCAACGGCUGCCUGCUACCUGAAACGGUAUUCCGAGGUGUUCUACAUUCACGCCGCCAUUUUGUCACCAGGCUACUGGAGCGGUUUAAUAAACAACUCGCUUAUCGGUUCUCUGUGCAACGUAAAGCAGCUAGCUGUUUGUUUUUUUGUUUGUUUGUUUGUUUGUUUUUGUAGCCUCGUGUGUUUUUCUCAGACAGGUAAAUGAGGUGAAACUGAAGGUCGAGUCUGAGGUGAACAACAAGGUUAGGCAAGGGGAUGCAUUUCGGAGUUUUCACACUUUGAAACUCAGGCACCACUUCUAUUUUAGUAAUGCUGGUUAAAAGCAGAAAAGAUUACGACGGCGUGAUAACCCUCCACAAACCUGUCCCACCACAUCUGUUCCACCAUACGUCUCCCAGAAGUGUUGGGCAGAAGCCAUCAUCAGUAGUUGAGUGUCCAUAUGUUAGAAGUGUGACUCGGAAAUCAACCAGUGUCCUUACACGCCCAGGAGCAGAGGCUGAUAAGGCACACACACUCUCUCCUGGCGCAAUAAAACAACUACAGGAUCAGUUUCUUUCAGAACGACAGGAGGCAGAUGCCAUCACACAACCACUGCUGGAGAAGGAGAAUGGAUUCAUCAAGGAUCUGGAACGUUUCCUCAACCACAGAGACAUGCUUAGUGUGAGGAAGCGUGAGCUUCUGCACAAGCGCUGGACAGAGUGUGUGUGGUGGCCGGUGAAGCGCAGUGUCGAACAGCGCUUCACACGCUGUCGUUAUGAAGGAGUGGAGCCAGUGGAGAUGAUGCACACAGGCUACAGGGCUAAGGUCAGCACCGCUCCCUUGAAGGAUCCACUGUUUCUCUACACACAUUCAAGAAUGAAGGAGAAGAGAGUGGUCCUUCACUGCCAGACAGGAUGUGUGGAUGGCCGUCAGUGGGUGGCGUCAGCAGAGGAACAGAGCAGGAACAAGAGAGAUCUGCACAGAGGCAGCAGGUGUCGAGGCCCUGUUUACAUGGCUAUGGCAGAUGGGCGGUGCUUCCGGCCUGAAUGCUGGUCCGCGUUUGGUCAGUCUCGCAGUUAUUCAAUGAAGUCAUGACGUGACACUGUUCAUCCUCUACCUCAUCCAGUCACAACCUCGAAUGACUUUUCAAGUCUUCUAUUUCAGAUUGUGGUACAUUUUUUCUGUCCUAUGGUUAAUAAUGAAAAGUUAAUACAAAAAAACAGGCAAAAAUUUAUUAUUAUUAUUAUUAUUAUUAUUAUUAGUCAAAUACAAGUUUUAUUUCAAUUAAUUUAUUGGGCAUGCUUUAAGAUAUGAAGCUAAAUUAUAAUUCUGAUUAUUUGAUAAUAUUCUAUAGCAGGCAUUUAUUUAUUUAUUUGUUUGUUUGGUUUUUUUUAUUUAAGUCCUGUCCCAGUUUGUGAUCAGAGCCCUGUGGUCUGUGAGCUAAUCCCAAAUCCACACUUUUAGCCUCUUCACCCAAAUAAAUUGCACAAGAUCAGACCAAAAAUUGAAAUCAAGUAACAAAUGCAGAAAUGUAGGGUAUAGAUAAAAAGUUAUGGUCCUCAGUUUGGUUUAAACUGCAGCAUUCUCAAUUCUCAACUUUAGUAGCUGUUACACUGAAAACACUUGGUGGGUGUGCUGUAAUAGGAAAAAAAUGAGUGAUUGGGGUGGUGUGAUGUUCAUUUUUUUUAACAUCAUGUGCUAAAAUGUUUUAUUCCUCUUACACCACAGCAAUUUGCCAACGAUUACAGUCUACAAUUUAUUAAUGAAUUAUUUAAUGAAUGGAAGGUCUGCGAUAUAAGUUAAUUCGUGUUCUCACUUCAUUCUUCAUUCUCACUUUCUCUUGUAAUUUAUUAAGACAAAAAAAAUGCAGCUUGUUACCAAGAAACUACAAAACACAACAUCAUUCUGAAGACUUACCCAUGUCAGAAAACCUAAGAGUUACAGCUUUACUUCUGACUGUUCCAAAGCACUGACACUGGAGACUCCUUCCGUAAAUUAUAUAUAUACAUCUCUUUAAAUAGUUUCUGCGAAAGAGAUGUUACUAUAGAAACGAUAACCUAUUAGAACAAGCAUUUUCUUAUAAACCAGUGAUUUGCU